GUGGCGUAGCUUGUUCAGCUGCUCGUCGAAGCGGCUGUCUGACGGUCGCCUCUCAGCGAGACAGCGUACGAUGUAGCGGCCAUUUUUGUUCUUAGUUCAUAAUAGCGUGCGCAUUUUUAAUGUAUUUAGAAGGAUAUUUAGGAAAUUUUCACGAUGACUAUAAUAGUCUUUUUAAUAGAUACAUCAGCUUCCAUGAAUCAAAGAGCUUAUUUGGGCGGACGCCCAACGUUGCUCGAUGUAGCCAAGGGCGCUGUGGAAACGUUCGUAAAGGUUCGUCAACGUUCUCCCGAAAGUCGAGGCGACAGAUAUAUGCUUCUAACUUUCGAAGAGCCACCCGCGAACAUCAAGGCGGGAUGGAAAGAAAACUUGGCAACAUUUAUAAAUGAAUUAAAGAAUUUACAAUGCCUUGGGCUAACUACAAUGGGUGCAGCCCUGAAACAUGCCUUCGAUGUUCUGAAUAUAAACCGGAUGCAGACAGGCAUAGACACCUAUGGACAAGGAAGGUGUCCAUUCUACUUGGAACCAUCUGUCAUUGUUGUUAUUACUGAUGGAGGAAAACUAUCAAGUAAUGCUGGCAUACAGGAAGAAUUUAAUUUGCCGAUGAACUGCCCUAUACCUGGGUCUGAAUUGACCAGAGAACCGUUUCGUUGGGACCAAAGACUCUUCUCAUUGGUAUUGCGUCUCGCUGGCACCCCUGCUGUCGAGAGAGAUACGGGCCUCGUUCCAUCUGAUUCUUCUCCUAUCGACGCCAUGUGCGAAGUUACUGGAGGUCGUUCUUAUUGCAUCACAUCCCACCGUAUGCUGAUGCAGUGCAUCGACAGUUUGGUCCAGAAGGUGCAAAGCGGGGUCGUCAUCAAUUUCGAGAAGAUUGGCCCCGACCCGCCUCCCGUCGACGGCGGAGCCAACCGCGACGGGGCCGACUCCACAGAUGAUAUAACCCAUGAGUCGGACAAGGAUGUCGAUGGAGACGGGGAGAGGAAUGGGCGUUGGAACGGCGGCAGCUACCAGGCGGGCGCGGCGGGCGCGGCGGGCGCGGCGAGUGCGCCGGCCGCGUGGCACUCGUGCCGGCGCCUCAUCUACGUGCCGCGCACGGUCGCGCAGAAGGGCUUCGCCGUCGGCUUCUGGCCCAUUCCGGAGUCUUUCCGCCCCGACCCCAAUGCGCCCACGCUUCCUCCUCGUUCAGCGCACCCAGUGGUAAAGUUCACAUGUCUCAGCCACGAGCCGAUGGUGAUCGACAACCUUCCAUUCGACAAGUAUGAGCUGGAGCCCAGCCCAUUGACACAGUUCAUUUUAGCCAGGAAACAGCCCACUAUCUGCUGGCAGGUUUUCGUUGCUAACAGCGGUUGCAAAAACAACGAAGUGAGCCAUCCGUUCGGCUACCUGAAGGCGUCGACUAACCUGAGCUGUGUGAAUCUGUUUGUUUUGCCUUACAACUACCCUGUAUUGCUGCCGUUACUUGACGAGUUGUUCAAACUUCACCGCUGCAAGCCAACGCCUGAAUGGAAGCAGGCCUUUCAACAGUAUUUAGAUCGGAUGCCUUCGUAUUAUGUCGCUCCUCUUCGAAGAGCUCUAACGAAAAUGGGCGCGUCUUCGCCUCUCCUGCAAAGUUUGAUCCCGGAUACUCAAGAUAAUUCUCUCAGCUUCUCUGUCCUUAACUAUUUGAAAAGACUGAAAAACCAAGCCAAGAUCGAGUUUGAAAAACUGUGCACGGAUGUCAUCAACAAAGCUUCCAGUAGUAAUAAUCAGAAGCUGGCAGAAAGCGUGCGCGUAAUGCCGCGUUCGCCGCUAAAGAAGGACCUGACCACACACCCGUACCUGCAGGACAAGUUCUCCGCGCUCCGGGACCAGCUCAACGAGUUCGGGGGCUUCGUGGUGGGCCUCUCGCGGGGCCGACACAAGGCCCAGGCCCACACUUACAGAAACCCGUUUGAUAUCCAGCGGAGGGAUCUGUUGGACCAGGUGGUCCGAAUGCGCGCGAACUUCCUGCAACCUUCGCUGGCUCACACCAGGCUGGUUGACGAGGACAGUGUACAUUCAAUGCCGGUGGCGCAGAUGGGUAACUACCAAGAGUACCUCAAGCGCAUGACGCCGCAGCUGCGAGAGAUCGAGUCCCAGCCCGUGCGACAGCAUAUGUUCGGCAAUCCCUUCAAGAUUGACAAGCGGAUGAUGGUAGACGAGGCGGACGUGGACCCGGUGGGCGCGGUGCGGGGCGCAGGCGGCGGCGGGGGCGCCAAGCGCGGCGCCGAGUGCCCCCGCGCCGCGCCCCCCAAGCGGAAGGCAGGGCCGCUGCCCCACCACGUGCGCGCCAGGAGGCCGUCGUCGCCGUCAGUGUCGCCCCCGCCCCCCGCGCCGCCGCCGCCGCCGCAGCCUCCGCAGCCGGCGCCGGCCGCCCCGCGCUCGCCCGCGCCCCUCGACCUGCCCGAGGGGCGCCCGCCAGAGGAGCCCCCUAUAGUGGACACAGGAGGGCCGCCGCCGCCGCCGCCGCCGCUGGCCGCGCCGCCUAAUUUACCACCUGUUAUCAAGCCCUUCCUCAAUGGCGACGCGUACACAACGAUGGGCAGCAAGAUGGCGCGGUCGCCGUCGCCGCCGCCCGAGGACUCGCAGGAGCUUCAGAUCAACGCCAUCCUGCAGGGCAUCGCCGCCGAGAACAACCGCGGCCGCCCCAGGAAGCCCAAGAAACGAAAGCUGGACAAGCCGCAGCUGCCGCAGCUGCCGCAGCCGCCGCAGCCGCCGCCGUCGCGCAAGGAGCUGGCGGACAUCAAGCGACACAACAUGGACGUGCGCGCGGAGGUGUUCCGCGCCGUGCGCCGCCCCGGCAGAGAUUUCACGAAACUCUUCGAACAUUUAAAACAGUUGAAAGGCAGUGUAGAUAAUAAGAAAGAAGUGAUACGUGAAGUGAUUAACGAGUCGUUAAGGUUUAAAAGGAAACCUUUGGCCAAGUUGUUGGAGGAUUUUCUGGCCGGUCUCGAGAAAAAUGGAAACAGUGCCUCGGUGAAGAGAAUCAACAACUCGUUGUACAUCAACACAAACAACCACAGCUAGUGCCACGCCUCCCUCGCAGACACAAGAGUUAUUCUUGUUAUGCGGAAAGAGAGGAACAAUUCUGGUGUGUGGCGAAUCAAAUAACUUUCCGUGGUCUUCAUAUUGAAGCAACAGAUUUUUUAUUUGAUUUCCGUAAUCUCCUUUUUCAAUGUUCUGUAUAUGUCAUAUUUACCCCCGAUUUUGCUGUUAAUAACCGAUUGAAUAAUAAAUUGUAAUUAAAGCAUAUCCUGAAUUUGUAUUACGACAAAUGUCCGCAAUAAAUUAAUUAUGGGAAUACUAAAGCCAGUUUUGUGAAGUAGAAGUGAACUAUUGUUUCCGGUGAUGCAGUAUUGUUAUAUGAAUUCCUGUGCAGUAUAUAUAUUUUUAAUUUUACAUACUUUAAAUUUGAUUUAUCCCUAGGCCGACAUAUACUUAAUCGUUCUUAUUAUUGGCAAUUACCGGGACCAAAGUCAUAACCUGAUUUCACAUGAAAUAUUAUGGAAAUCAACAUUUCGACGGUAAAGUGCCAAUAUCUCCUGAAAAUUAUUAAAAUUCAUGAAAAUUAUCGGAUAAUAGACAAAAGUUACUUUAAAAAGUAAGGCGUAUUUACUUAAAGAGAUAUUGGCAUUAGUCAUCGAUUUAUUUCAGAUGACGUGAGUCCCUUGGAGACUACAGUCAACCCUAGCUAGUCUUGCUUUAUAAUUUGUAAAAAAAAAACGAAAUUAAUUGAAAUUUAAAAACAACUGCCAGAAUUAAGUUUACUGUUUCACGAGCAAACGUACAUUCUAAAAAUACAUGGUUUGAUAUACACACAUGACACUUGCUCCAAAUAUUACCGCACUAAUGUUUUAGUCAAAGAUUGACCUCACACUGUCUAAGUGUUGAAGAAGCGUGUGUGCUUACGCAUUCCCUGAAAUCGUAACGAAUUCGGUGUGCACGGGCUUUUACAUACACGUCUCAAUAUCGCGCGACGCACCUCUGUAACGACAAACAUUUUUCCCCGCAUGUGUUUUCGUAAUGUUUCGUUUAUACCAUGAUAAUAUGUUCCUUUUCGGGCAAUUGGGUAAAAAAAAUUGGAUUUGUUUCCAAAUAAGAUGAAUCAUUCCAUAUGAAUUAAAAAUAAAUUUUCUGGCUUAGGGGCAGAGAUUAAUACCAACUUAAUUUUUAUAAAUAAAUUUAUUAAUGUAUAUAAGCAAUAUUGAAUGUGUACGAAGUGUCUUUACAAAAUGUCCGCGUGUUCCCAGCAUUGUAAAUACCCACUGUAAAUAUAGAUUGUAUUUUUACUGGUGAUCAGUAGAAUAUGUUUACCUAGAUAUAACCUUUACGUUGGAUUACAUGAUGUAUGGAGUUUAUGUAUGAUUAACGAAACAAGAAAAUGUUCAUACACAUAAUAUUUUUAGGAUUUAGAGUUCACGUAAGCUUUGUAUUUUUUUAUAAAACACAUUUACAAUUUUUUUUGAUUGGUUAAGGAAUUUCGCAAUCUGUAAUUAGCAAUGCCAUGGCAUAUGGUAUAUGGUACAAAAAGGUACCUGAAAGUGUGAUGUACUAUAUUUAUAUUAGUUUAGGUAAAUAUAUUCUAUUUAUUUCGGUCACUGAAUAUUACCAAUGAAAGUGAAUUUCUAGGGUGCUUUUAGCAUCACUCAAGACGUUUGUUAGUAUGGCCAUACUUUCAGAGUAUGCCAUUGUUUGAUUAUAUGGGAUAUUACCUAUAUGAAAUGUUUAUGUUUCUUGUUGAUGUCGCUACAAGUGUUAAUGUUUGUUAUUUAAUUCAGACAGAAUCAGGUUCUGUUCUGAAUGUUAGUCUGGCCAGAUUAACAGACGGACGGUCAAUUGUAAAGUGUAUUAUAUCUUUUUCUAAGUAAAUUAUAGUCCUUAUUGGAUUUUUAAA